ACUGGGAUUCUUCCACAGAGAAGAACGUACACUUUUUGGUAGAAGAAAAGUUAACCUCUGAAGUAAAAACAAAGAGUGACAGUUCGAAAUAUCGAGUUAAUUAUAAGUUAUUAAUAUCUAGCUAGAACCUAGAGUAGGCUUCGGGUUCCUAGUGUUGCUAAAUACAUGAAUAUCUUGUGAUUGAUCUAAGUGCAUGGUGGUGGUGUGUAAACUAGUGGAUUGAGAGAGAGAGUUAUGUAUCUCCAGCAGUAACUGCGUUAGUUGCAGUUAGUAGUGCCUCUCAUAACUGUUCAUCAACAAUAUCAUAUAUCAAGCUAAAAUCUUACAUUUAAGUGAUAUAUAAGAAUAUAUAAAGAUAUAGCAGUGCAAUAUAUUCAAAUAUAUCAAAAUAUAUCACUACAGUGCAGUGUAUAAGAGUUUACACAGUGUGUAGUACUCCUGGGAGUUUGGAACGGACCGGGCGCGAGUCGGUUCUUAGUGGCGGCAAACGAGAAAUCGGAUCCAAGUUUUAGCUUGGCAGCUGAAGCCGGGACGAGAACUCGGAUCCUCCGCAUCAGCCUGCCAGCCAAACCAGCUGGAGCCAGGACAAACUUUGCUCUAGCAGAGUAUGGCGGCUUUAGCUCAACUGUAUUAACAGUUACAACACAUCACAAACAAAAAUGAUUGGAAUGGAGCCUAUGGAUGAUGAACCUAGUUCUCCAGGACCUCCACCCUUGGAGGAUCAGAACGGAAUGGAGGUCACUGCUCCGGUUCAGAAAUCCGCAAAAGUGAUCCAGGGUGAAAUAAAGCAGAGGCUGGAGAAGGAGAAGGAGAGGAAAAAGCUGGAUCUGGUCGCCCUCAACCCCUACAUUAUGUGCGCAGUGUGCAAGGGUUAUCUUAUAGAUCCCGUCACAGUGGUUGAAUGCCUCCACUCAUUUUGCAAGUCCUGUAUCGUGAAACAUGUGGAUGGGAGUAAAGCCUGUCCGUCCUGCGGUGUACAGAUUCAUAAAACCAAACCUCUUCUCAGUCUUAGAGCUGAUAAAGCACUCCAGGAUAUAGUCUACAAGGUGGUUCCUGGUCUCUAUAGGACAGAGAUGAAGAACCGAGUCAACUUCUACAAUAACCAUCCUGAGGCUGAACCUGCCAGUCUCGAGGAUGCAGGAGAAAUUACGGACAGAUUGUUCUUCUCUCCAGAGGAUGAUAUUUCAAUGUCUAUUGAAUACUUUGAUAGUUACAGUAAACCUGACGAGAUGAAUAAACUAAGAACGGAGAACAUGGACGCAGAGAAUCAGAACCGACGGUUUCUCCAAUGUCCCGGAUCUGUUACCGUAAACCACCUGAAAAAGUUUAUUAUCACCAAGUACGGGUUGGAUCAGAGUUUCCUAGUGGAUGUAAUCUAUAAAGAGGAUUUAUUAUCCCAGGAUCAGACCCUGAUAGAUAUUGCAUAUUCCUACAACUGGAGAAAGACCUCACCGAUGCAGUUCUACUACAGGAUCUACCAGAAGACCAAGGUGCUCACCAGGAAGAGGAAGAAGAAGAGGACUAAGGCCGGGAGCAAGAGUCAACCAGCUAAAAAGCAGCGGAGAAACAUGGAUUCGUCCUGGACUGGGACUAAGGAAAACGGAAUGGAAGUUGACGAGGAGUCUAUCCCUAAAAUCUCCUCCAAGAUUGAGAAGUCUGGAACGGAAAAGUCGACAAAGCUGAAGAUAACCUUGUCCCGUGAUACGGAUAAAAAGUUGAAGACAGAUUCCUCAGUCUUAUCUAAAUCCGAAAGGAAAGUUCCCACCACUUCUUAUUCUCUUGUCAACCCGGAGAAGAAACCUCAGGAGUCUAAACCCUCUCCUGGAGUUAAUCAACUCCAGUCCCGUCCUGUGACAAAAACAAUUUCAUCAGUAAAAGAAUCUUCUUCUGUCACCGUGUCCAGUGCUCGGGGUGGACAAGGGAGUAAUCAAAUCAACUCUCUUCCCCCUCAAACUUCAAAGAAGAGUUUAAUUGAACCUAAACCCUUGCAAUCAAAUAAACCUUCUCCUCCUCCCCCACAAACACAACCUACGAUCCGACCUCAGUCUAAAAAUAUCAACUCUAAACCCACGAAAGUGCCAAAAGAAUCAACUAAUUUAAAUUCAGCUCCCGAACCCAGGCGAGAAAAGAUUCUCCCAACGCCUGGUCCCAAAACUGAGAUAACAUAUAAAAAGUCUGAUAAAACGGUGACACCCAAAGUUUCAACUAACCAGGAAACUUCUCCACAUAAACUUGUGAUGGCAGAGAAAAAGAAGGGAGAGAAGGAGGUUGUGGAGAUCUCAGUGGAAGUGUCUGCCAGCGAUGUAAAGAAGGUUCUGGAAAAGAAGAGAGCUGAGAAGGACGCAAAACUUAUCACAAGCGGAGAAGAGAAACUAUACUCUAAUUAUAGUAUCGUUGAUCAGAUUAAAAAGGCCGGAUCCUCUGCGGCCAACCUCGCGCGUCAGCAAACCGAACGCGCAUCCAUGAUGGAUUUCGCGCGUUCAAGUGAUGCUCUGAACGCUCCUAAAGUUCCCCCAACCAUCCAGGGGUUGCAACCUAAAGUGACGUCCAACAGUGAGACUAAUGCAUUGUCGGCCAUUGUUCAGAGCCUGGCUCAAAAACAACAGAAAUUACAGUCUUCAAUCCUUGAGUCUCAGGAGAAAAAGAGAGAAUCAUCCCCUGCAUUGUCCAAACCCUCGAAUCCUACUGGUUCCGAUUCCAGUAGUAAACCUAAGGAGAGCGAAAAAACUAAUACCCUGGGAACUAUCGUUGCUCCCUCCAUCUCCUCCCUGAGCAGCAGUAUAGAAAAGUUAAAUGGAGUUAAACCUCAGACUCCUAAACUGCCAGUAUCAACCUCUAUCAAACCUAUCCUCAAGGACGGAAAACACAGUCCAACUGCUGUUGAAACGAGUGGACUGAAAGGUCAGCAAAUGUUGAACUUCUACAAAAACAACUUCAAGACAAACAGUUUAUCAGACGCGGCUAAAAGUGCUGAAACACUGACUAAAAAUAUCCCAGCUGGAACCACUGUCACAGUAAAAACUGUGGAUAAUAAACCCAGUGGGAAGAGUUCUCCUUUAACCUGCUCCUCCCCAUCCUCUACUCCGACCCCGUCAUCCUCCCCUAAAACCUCAGCAUUUAAAGCAACCUUAUCAAGUCCUAUGUUUUCUACUGCAAAACCAAUCACAAAUCCAUUUUCGUCCGUUGGUCCCGUCUCUCAACCUUCUCUUAUGAAUCCUUUCGUUCAUUCCUCGCUCCGGGAUUCUAUGACAAUGGCUCUGCAGCAAGCGCAGUACUUGAAUUUCAGUAACCAGCUGGCAGCUGCGCAGAUGGAAGCUGCUACCUACGUACAAGCUGCCCAAGCAGCUAGUCUUGUACGUGCAGCUCAAGCUGCCUCUCAGAUCUCCCAGUCUCCUUUAACAACUCUCGCUUUUACUAAACCUACCAUGUCUACAGAUGAUGGACGGUAUGGUUUGAAGAUCCCUACUCCAAGUCGUCAGCAACAUAUCCCACCUGUCAGUGGGUUUGGAACUAGUCGACUUCAGGUUAAGGUUAACCCAGAUUCUCCUAAGGACGGAAGUCCACGGAAUAGUCCUAGUCCUGCUGUUCACCUUCCGGCUUCUGUUGGGACAUCGGAGGCCAACGGAACGUCCUCUAACGGAAAAUCUUCCGGAACCCAUUGCAUGCCGGCAAUCCUUCCUUUCCACAGUGUGAAGAAGGUUCAUGCUCUUCCGAAAACUACAACUCAGACUCCACGUCCAGUCUCAGUAUCUUCUCUACUGAAAACUCAGACCAGCAGUAAUACUAAGAGUCCGGAGCUGAACGGCUCUCCUCCAACCACACCUAAAUCCGUCACUUUCUCCAACAGCAUACAGAGUCUUACGGAGUCUAAUCCGUUCAAAACCUUGGCUCCAACUAAGGCUCCAAGUAUGGAUGGUUUGAAGAAGGUAUACACUCCUCCAGCUGUAAUGAACAAUCCCUUUAAAACUGUGACUACGGCUCAGGUGAACUCCUUGAAGAAGCUGGCAGCAGACCUCAACACGGUUCAGCAGAAGACGCAGAAAGGAGACAACAACAUCUUGAACUGUUUGAAGAAGAACAACGAGAACAAGUUGAUGGGAGACCUCAAACACUUCGGGUUGGAGAAGAAGAAGAAGGAUGUUUCCAAGGAGGUUACAUCAAGCUGACUGUCCGCAUUUUGUAAUUUCGUGACAGAAAAACAGACUCCGACAACUGUGUCAGAAUAAACCUGAAACCCAGUUUUUAAACUAGCAGGUUCUCUGAGAACCCGAAGUGAAAAUAACAAUGAAUGGUUUUGUAAAACCAUGUUCAGUAUUAAAGUGUACCAGGAGCAGAAGGUUCUGCAUGAACUGAGAAUAAAUGUGAUAGCCUCUCUCUAUGUCAAAUAUAAAGAACUGUUUAGCAACUAGAUCUUAUUUAUUUGUUUAUUCAUUUGAUGUUAGACCCAUAGUCGAGGACAAUAAAUAUAUAUUUCAAACUUCAA